AUGGCACCUCACCUUCAAACCGAUGAGUUCUUCUCAUCCCUCACCGACCUUCUCGCAAAAACCACCCAAAAGUCGCGAGGCUCCGUCACUUUAUCCCAGAAACCCCUGACCGAUAAUAUCACAACCACCCAGCCCUCCAUCCUAAUCCGUGCCACCGAUGGAAACACAAGCGCCCCACGAACCAUGAAAGAUGGCAAAGUCGUCAAGACCAAGGCCUCAAAGGCUACCCGAGUCAAAUUCUCCACAGUCGUUCCCGCAGACCAACUCGAAGCUUUCUACACCCGGUACGCGGAGAUCUGCAAGACGGGCAUGACUGGCCUGAAGAAGCGGGAUCGCAAGCGCAAGGCGAAGGGUAAGGGCGGUGCGAAGGCUGCGAAGGCUUAG